AUCAAAACACAUCUCAUUUCGGCCCAAAGUCCAAUAACUAUUUAUUUUAAUCGAAACAAAUUUGACUAAUUGAAUAUUUAUUCAUUAAAAAUUUUAGGGUAUGUUUUGGGGCGUUACAUUUUCACUUGGCAUUUUGAUCCGAAAAGCCAAAAUCUGAAAUGCCAAGUCUUGAUAAGGGUGUUGAGCUUGAUUGUCAAUGGGUUGAGUUUGAUGAUAUUCGGUUCCACAUUCAGGCUUCAACGAGGAAUUCAAAUAUCUUGCUACUUUCAAUGUCCUUACCAAUACCUCCUCCUGAAACUGAAUUCUUUGGAGGACUUCCACUUGGAGCAAUAGAAGCCAUAAAAGCUACCUAUGGUGUGGUUGCGCAGAUCCUUGAUCCCCCGAGAGAUGGCUUUAAUCUCACGUUGAAACUGAACUUGUCCAAACUUCCUCAAGAAGAAGCUCACAAGCAUGACUUACUAGUAAGUCUUGCAUCUGUACGGGAAGUUGUAAUGGGGGCCCCAUUAAGAGCAAUUUUGAAUGAUCUAGCUUUGAGGACAGUUCCAUCUGAUUCAGAAAAUAUUAUUGCCCUGGUUCAUCGUCCAAAUGAGUCUUUUUUCCUCUUACCCCAGGCAGACAAAGUAACUACCAUCUUUCCUAUGAGAUUCAAUGACUCUAUAGAUGCCAUUCUGGCAACGUCUUUCCUUCAAGAAUUUGUGGAGGCAAGGCGAACUGCUGGACUAAACAAUGCCCCUCCCUGCUUUUGGUCUCCAUCUCUUCCUCAAGAGCUGCAGGGUAUGGUUAACACGGAUUUGCCAGCUAAUGCUGGAUAUUUCAGUUUCGUCAUUUUACCUCGUCAUGUGGAAGGAAUGAAACUGGAUAGAACUGUCUGGAAUCUCUCAACCUUCCAUGCUUAUGUAAAUUAUAAUGUUAAGUGUUCAGAGGGUUUCAUGCAUACUCGGAUGAGGCGUCGGGUGGAAUCACUUAUACAAGCUCUUGACCGAGCUAAGCCAGAUGCGGAAAAGCCAAACAGAAGUCUUUCGCCAAACACGUCCUUUAAACAAUUGAGCCUCAAGGAUAGCCAAAGUGGUUUGAAUUUACGAAGAUGACAAGCAGCGUCCAAAUGAUGAAGUUUCUCGAUGAUACUUGACAAGUUGUCUUCCACAAUAUUUUAGUUCUUUCAAUGUAUUUUGGUGUAAAAGCCCAGAAAACAAAAUACAGAGUACAAAAUAUUAUUCUGCAAGGGCCCGGUGAGCUAAAAGAAGAUAUUGGUUCUUGUAUUAGAAUGUGCCCUUUUCUUGUGUUUGGCAACGACAAAAUGAAUUUUAGAUUCGAUA